CAUCAUCAUUUUCUCUGCAGCGCGCGGCAGAAUCGCGUCAGUUCUUCUCUCAUGGAUCCGCGCUGCGCUUCUCACUUCAGACUGGAGUAACUUUCUUCUUCUUCAUCAUCAGCAGCAGCUUCAUCUUCAGUGCUGAGUCUCACCGAUGGAGGAUAAAACACAAGAAGUGAAAGAUUCUCCGUUUUUCAUCAAGAACCUGCUUCGGAAACCCGAUGAGCCCCGAGCUCGUGUGACUCUCCUGCGCUUCUGCGCGAGCGGCCCGAACAUCGUCGCAGCAGAUGGAGUCAGAGGCGCGGCAGAGGUGCAGGAUUCGGACCCUAAAGACGAGGACGAGGAGCUGCUCCUGGACUCGGACUCAGACGAGCAGAAGACGGAGGAGAGCUCUCAGAAGAAACUCUGCCGCAAGAAGAAGACCAGGACUGUGUUUUCCCGCGCUCAGGUGUUCCAGCUGGAGUCCACCUUCGACCUGAAGCGAUACCUGAGCAGCUCGGAGCGUGCGGGACUCGCAACGGCGCUGCACCUGAGCGAGACGCAGGUAAAGAUCUGGUUCCAGAACCGCAGGAACAAGUGGAAGAGACAGAUUGCCGCUGAGCUGGAGGCCGCCAGCCUUGGGCACGUGCAGAGGAUUGUGCGCGUGCCCGUCCUCUACCACGAGCACGCAGGGGGAGAGAGCGCCCCCGCGGCCCUGGCCUUCGCGCACGCGCUUUAUUACCCACACGCGCUGAGACUGACCUGAACUAACUAACCAACUAACCCAUCAGAGACUUAACCACCUGACCCUGCCUCAGAUCCAGGAGUUCACUCUCUCACAGACUGACCAGCCCUGAACUCAGUGUCUGUAAAAACAGAAAACUAUUUUUUAUUAUAAAAAGUCUUGCUUUGCUGAGGAGCGCUUGGUUCAGCAAAUCACAGGUGCAGCUGUGUUUAUUAUUAUUAUUAUUAUUAUUAGUCUGAAAUAGGCGGAUUUUCUCUCUUUUCCAUAAAGAUGUGUCUAAAUGCCACACUAAAGUCAGUCCUUCUCAGUUUUUCUGUGGUUGUCUCAUGUCAGUAAAAUAAGGAAAUGCUGGAAAAACACAUUUUUCUGAAUAUAUUUUAUUCCUGCUGUAAGAUCUUUUUACAUGCAGGUUUUCAUUCCAGGACUACAGUAUUAUACUACUGAAAUUAAUCGUUAUUUCUCAGUGUGGAUGUUCACAUGCACUAGUAAAUAUGUGACCCUGGAGCACAAAUCCAGUCAUAAGGGUUAGUCUUUUAAAAUUGAGAUUUCUACAUCAUCUGAAAGCUGAAUAAAUAAUCUCUCCAUUGAUGUGUGGU